UCUGGGUCUGGAAAUUUGUUGUAGUUGGUAGCUAGGCGGUAUUUUCAUAUUUAAAACAUUUUUGGCUCCAACAACGUGUGGUUACAAGACAUGCAACUUUUGGGUACCUUAUAAUUGUCGGUUCUUAACCUUCAUGUGUAUCUUUUGCUAAGAGCGUUUGGACUCUUGGGAAGUUUCAUUCUUUGUAAUGCGAAGAAGGAAAUGAUCCAUUUCAGAAGUGGCAAGGUUAGAGACCAGAAGAGUUGAAGAAAGAACAUAAUUUAUCCAUGUUUUGAAGGCGCGAAAGAGAUUGAUUAGAGGGAAGGAAAAAGAUGACAGUUGAGGAAGUUAACACCGUUGAAAAGAAGAAUGUAUUGGUUGGUGUUCGAAUGGACAGCCAAGGCAGAGAGCUACUCAUCUGGGCUCUUGUGAAAGUAGCUAAGCCUGGAGAUUGCGUGGUUGCAGUUCAUGUUUGUCGAAGUCCUGAUCAGGCUUCGGAAAACAAGAACUUGUUGGAUGAUUAUCUUGAAGUAUAUGAAGGACUAUGUACUGUAAAGAAGGUUAGUCUCUCCGGUCAGAUCUUCGUUGGAAGUUCAAUCCGAAAGGUUCUGGUGAGAGAGGCAAAGAGCCAUGCUGCUGGGGCCGUAGUUGUAGGGAUAAGCAAGCAAAGUGCUCUCGGGAGUUGGGCUUCCAUGGCCAAAUAUUGCACCAAGAGACUGCCUGCAACGACCGAUGUUUUGGCCAUCCACAAUGGGAAAAUUGUCUUCAGAAGGUUCGCCAAUAAUCAGCUAUCAGGUCUCAAAGGAGUUCCAAAACCAAACUUCAAUCGGAACUUCUCUUCGAAAGAAUGCCGAUCUGAAUUUGGUGACUCCGAGGCAGAGUCUGAGAGAUCCGUUUCUGAAGUAAUUCAAAACUCCACAGACGGUUUAAGACAUAUUGGUGAAGCCUUGAAGAAUGAAGGUUUCAACCUUGUUCGUGAAAGAAACAAACUUUCAUUGAUAUCGACUUCUUUAUAUCCAGGAGACCCUUCAGAGCAGAGGCUUGGUUGGCCAUUACUCCCUAGAAAUAGUUCAUCAAUUCCAAAAGCCCUACCUAAAAGAAAAAUGUCAGUGGUGCAAUGGGUAAUGAGCUUACCAGAUCGUUCCCCACAGCUAAGUCCUCAUUAUUCAGCCAUUAAAGAAAGCCCAUCAGAAAGAGAUCUUGGCGACAUUUUGAAUGAGAGGACUCAAAAUCGUGCAACUGCAUUGCGUGAGCUACCAAAAGGCUUGGAGGAUUUCCUCAAAACAGACUCUUCAUGUUGCAAACGCUUCGGUCGGGAGGUUCUGAAGUCUUCAACUUCUCAAUUCUCCUCAGAAAAUAUGAUUGGUAAAGGAGGUUGUAACCAUGUAUAUAAGGGGGUUCUUCCAGACGGCAAGCCAGUGGCAGUAAAGAUUCUGAAGUCAACCAAAGAAGCUUGGAAGGAUUUUGCCCUCGAAGUUGAUAUCAUCUCCUCUUUGAAGCACAAAAACAUCAUGUCCUUGCUCGGGGUCUGCAUUGAAGAUAAUGCUUUAAUCUCGGUUUAUGACUUCCUGUCUAAAGGAAGCUUAGAGGAAAACCUACAUGGUAAAAACAAGGAUAAAUCUGUAUUAUCUUGGGAAGUGAGAUUCAAUAUAUCUGUAGGUACAGCUGAAGCUCUAAAUUAUCUACAUAAUGAAUGUUCUCGGCCUGUUAUUCAUAGAGAUGUCAAGUCUUCAAACAUUCUUCUUUCCGAUGAUUUUGAGCCGCAGUUAUCUGAUUUUGGGCUUGCAAUAUGGGGACCAAAAAAUUCAUCAUUUGUUACUCAAGGCGAUGUGGUUGGAACAUUUGGUUACCUUGCACCUGAAUAUUUCAUGUAUGGGAAAGUAAGUGACAAGAUUGAUGUGUAUGCCUUCGGUGUAGUGCUUCUUGAAUUGUUAUCAGGAAGAAAAUCAAUUGGUCCUGAGACUCCCAAAGGACAAGAGAGCUUGGUCAUGUGGGCAAAGCCAAUAAUAGAGAGUGGAAAUGUAAAAGGCAUAUUGGAUCCAAAUUUGGAUGGAAAAUAUGAUGAGGUUCAGUUGCAGAGAAUGGUUCUAGCAGCAACCCUCUGCAUCACACGGUCAGCUAGGCUUCGCCCUAAAAUGAGUCAGAUUUUGAAGCUUCUAAAAGGGCAUAAGUAUGACGAAGAAUUGGUUGACUCCCGAAAUGGUAAUAUAAAGGAUUCAGAAAACCAGGACAAUAAUGACGAUGAGGUUUAUCCAAAAUCUAGCACAGAGUCACAUUUGAGUCUCGCAUUGCUUGAUGUUGACGAUGAUACCAUAUCAUAUAGUAGUGUGGAUCAGAGCAACAGUCUUUCUUUAGAGGAAUAUUUGAAAGGAAGAUGGAGCAGAUCAUCCAGCUUUGAUUAGCUUUUGUUGUACUUGAACAGAAAAAGAAAAAUAUUAGCUCUAGUUUUACUUUUUGCAAAAAUAUGAUAGGGUGGACUUUGUCAGAUCGGUAGUUUGUGCUUGUACUUGUACAGUUGAGGGGAAAUAUGUUGGCACCCGACAGUGAGGUGGUUUGCAAAUGUAAAACGUAUAAAUCCCAUGUAAUGUAAUACACGAAAUAGAAUAUGCUGGAGCUUGUGAUGCUUAA